AUGCUAAUGUCGAUGCUAAAUGCUUUUGUGAGGGCGAGAGCAUUAUUGAUUGUCGUGACGUGUAUUAAGACAGUUAUUCAAGAUGACUUUCUUUCUUCCGUUUCAGGUUUCCACACUUGCUGCGAAUGCCAGAAAACGUACAAGUCGCGGAUGGCUCUGAACCGGCACGUGCGAGAGGAAUGUGGCAGAAUCUUGUAUACCUGUCCGUACUGUCGCAACAUCAUGCCGAUGAAGUUUAAUCUAUUGAAUCACUUGAAGAAGGAACACGAUUAUUUCCCUGGGAAUCAGACCAACCUGCACACCUGCAAAAAAUGCGGAAACAUGUACGUGUAUUACAGCUCAUUGACGAGGCACAUGAGGGAGGAAUGUGGAAAAGCGCCGAAAUAUCAAUGCCUAUAUUGUCCAAAAAGAUCGAAGUUACAUUGCAACCUUUUGAAGCAUAUGCGAACGAAGCACGGCUUUGAGCAGGGCUGA